AAUUAAACAAUUAUUAUUGCUGGCUUCACACAGAACCUACAUCAACUAUGGCGGAGCCCUCCUUAAGUGCUUCAGGCUCAGAAGGAGCACAUGCAGUGGUUCAGGAUGAGGACAAAGACUUUGAUCCUUCUGCAGACAUGCUUGUGCAUGAUUUUGAUGAUGAGCAGACUCUGGAGGAGCAGGAAAAGCUGGAGGGAGAGACCAACUUCACCCAUGAAAUUGAUGACCUCACUCGAGAGGGUGAGAUGCCCAUCGAGGAGCUUCUGAAACUGUAUGGUUACAGCAGCGGUGCCUCUCCAGAGGAAGAGGAGGAAGAUGUUGAGGAGGAAGAUUCCACAGAGAACGCUUGCAGCAAAGAGGAAGAGAAGCCAGAGCUUUCUGACCAGGAGGAGGAUGAAGAUGUGCAGUCGUCUAGUGAGGAGCCUCCAUCAGGCAGUGUGUCUCACAGCACCGCUCAGCUCCUCUGUUCUCGGCCAUCCACUUACUUUGAAGGUUAUGAGGAAGAAUCUGAAGAUGAAGAGUAUAUUCCAUCUGAAGACUGGAAGAAGGAGAUCAUGGUUGGUUCAAUGUAUCAAGCGGAGACUCCUGUUGGCCUGUGUAAAUACAAAGACAAUGAAAAAGUGUAUGAGAAUGAUGAUCAGCUUUUAUGGAAUCCGGAGUUACUUCCAGAGGAACAGGUUGUGGAGUUUUUAACAGAGGCCUCUAAACGCAGCGGAGAUGAAGCUGGUGUCGACGCCAUUCCUGAAGGAUCUCACAUCAAAGACAAUGAACAGGCUCUCUAUGAAUUGUUUAAAUGCAACUUUAAUGCAGAUGAAGCUUUAAAAAGAUUGAAAUUUGAUGUAAAGCCUGCAAAAGAGGAAAUGUCAGUUUGGACGGAAGAGGAGUGUCGAGGUUUUGAGCAGGGACUCAAAGAUUAUGGAAAAGAUUUCAGCUCAAUACAAGCAAAUAAGGUGAGAACUAGAUCUGUAGGGGAAUGUGUGGCCUUUUAUUACAUGUGGAAGAAAUCUGAGCGUUAUGAUUUCUUUGCACAGCAGAUCAAGCUUGGGAAAAGAAAAUACAGCCUUCGUCCUGGAGUUUUGGAUUAUAUGGAGUGUCUUUUGGAUGAGAAGGAAAGCUCUGAGUCUGGUGGAUCUUCUUUAUCACUUCCUACCACAUCAAACAACAGCAAAAACACAUUGGAGCCAGAAAGUGACUCAAACGCUCAGAACGGUGUAGAGAACCAUUCCUCCGAGCCUCUUCUCUGUGUCAAAGAUGAGACUUCUCAAACAAACGGCUCCACCGCAUGUCCAGAAAUAUCCAUAACGCACACUCCACCCGACUGUAACCUUAACAUGAGCAGCCCAAACACACGAAUAGUGGAGAUCACAGUCAUGCAGGAGGAACAACCUCUGAAGAAGCUUAGAACUGAGACAGACCCAAACACUGAAGUUUCCCUCAACAAAGCAGAAAUAGUCUGAACUCCUGACCUUAGAUGCCCCAUUUUCAGCAUGACGGUAGCUGAGGUGUGUUUGUGUGUGAAUGAAUUUCAGGGAUACAAAUGAAGCACAUUUCCUCCUGCAUUACUGCCACUGAGCUCAGUUCACAUCUCAACACUCAUGAUGGACUGUCAUAUCAGACCGUCGUCUCUGUAGCACUAUUUAUUGGAUUAGAAUAAGAUGAUCAUUGUUUUUGUAUUUUCUCUCAGUUGUUUGAAAAAAAAAAAAAACAGCUGAUUGUAUUUUUGUGAACUUUUUGUCAUUUACUGUGCAUAACAUUACCAUGGCUGUGAGUGCACAUUGUGGAAAAGCCCUCUUGGUUUUAUAUGAAGUAUAAUACUGUAAAUAAUCGAAUUGUAAUUAUUAAUAUUCUCAAAAAGUACAUAUUUUGUAUUUGGGAGAUCAUGUUGAAUAAUCCAGAGGGUUGUAAAAAAGGUUUUCUCUAAUACUGUAACAUUCCAUCCCUUUUUCCUUUCCUUUUUGACCAAAGUGAAUGGCUGAUAUUGGUCUUUUAACGCGUUUCGAAAGCUAUUUCCUCUUUAUAUGAAAUAUUGUCUUAUUUUUGUAUUUGAUAGCUAUUUAUUUUUUUUAUCAGAAAUCGGUGAUGCAUGAAGCCAGUAUAGAGUAUAUUUGUAUAGGCUGAAGCGAGUACGAAUUAAAAGGCAGAGCAGAAACGGUUGUGCUUUUUAUUCAUUUUCUCACUGACAAUGUCGAUCCAUCCUUAAGAGAACGUUUUUAAGUUUUCCAGGACUUGUUAUUUUUGUCAGAAUUGUUAGAGGUAAGUACGAUCUGCAGUUAUCUGAAAUUGGUUGUCAUCCACAUCUGCUUAGCUCAGGAAAAUAAGUACAGAAAUAUUAUUGGAUGUUAAAUAGCUGUCAUUUUCAAUUAGAAAAUCAUUCAUUAAACAAAUAUUUACCCAAA